UCAAAAAAAAUAAUUCGGAAAAUUAUUGUUCAGCUUGUAAGAAAAGAGGUUGCAUUUUUUUGCAUUUCGCCGAUAAGAACGUCCUGUGAAAAUAUUGAUAAUAGUGAUAGUAGAGUGAGGAGAAGUGAUAGUUAGAGACCAUGGCAGAGUCGGCAGCAAUUUCCGCUUCAGAAGCAGAAGAACUGACGAGUUUGGUGAAUAAUCUCGAUAUAACCCGACCCAGUGAUGCUGAAAAAGACAAGAAUGAGGCCGGUGAGGCAGCUGCUGGGGAGCAAGAUGACACAGCCUCACCAGCAGACACCAGCCUACUGAGGAAGAUUAUCCGAAAGGGUUUGGUGGAGUCAAAGCAAGAUCUAGAAAUUCAGCGGAAAGAUCCAUCGUCUCCGCUGUACUCUGUCAAGACAUUCGAUGCUCUCCGGCUGAAGCCGGAACUUCUCAAAGGUGUCUAUGCGAUGGGCUUCAAUGCUCCGUCCAAGAUCCAGGAAACAGCUGUGCCCACACUCUUGGCCCAUCCACCGCAGAAUCUCAUUGCCCAGAGUCAGUCGGGCACGGGAAAAACUGCUGCCUUCGUCCUGGCCAUGCUGAGCCGUGUGGACACCAGUGAGAAUUAUCCACAGGUCCUCUGCCUCUCUCCCACUUACGAGCUGGCAAUUCAGACUGGCGAAGUGGCUGCAAAAAUGGCAAAAUUCUGCCCAGACAUUCGCCUUCAGUACGCCGUGCGUGGGGAGGAAGUGGCACGGGGACAUAAGUUAGACUGUCACAUUAUCAUCGGAACACCGGGGAAAAUGCUGGAUUGGGGUGUGAAAUUCCGUGUGUUUGACCUGAAGAAGAUUCGGGUGUUUGUGCUGGACGAGGCAGAUGUGAUGAUUGCUACACAGGGUCACCAGGAUCAGUGCAUUCGCAUCCACAAACACCUGUCCAAGGACUGUCAGAUGAUGUUCUUCUCAGCCACAUACGAGCGCGAAGUGAUGGAAUUUGCCGAAUACAUCGUGGAGAAUCCCGUGAUCAUUCGCCUGAAGCGAGAGCAGGAAUCACUGGACAACAUCAAGCAGUAUUAUGUCAAGUGUCGCAAUCAGGAGGAGAAGUAUCAGGCCAUACAGAAUGUCUAUGGGGUCAUCACGGUGGGACAGGCCAUAAUAUUCUGUCACACGCGCAAAACGGCCUCCUGGCUGGCCACAAAGAUGUCCAAGGAUGGUCAUUCGGUGGCUGUGCUGUCUGGGGAUUUGACUGUGGAACAGCGUCUGGCAGUGCUUGAUCGUUUCAGGGACGGGAAGGAAAAGGUGCUCAUUACAACAAAUGUUCUCUCACGAGGAAUUGAUGUGGAGCAAGUGACCAUCGUAGUAAACUUUGACAUGCCAAUGGACCAGUCCGGAAAAGCAGACUGUGAGACAUAUCUGCACAGGAUCGGGAGAACAGGACGCUUUGGCAAGAACGGGAUUGCUAUCAAUUUGGUGGAUUCGGAGAAAAGCAUGGACAUCUGCCGGGCCAUCGAGGCGCACUUCCGGAAGAAAAUCCACUUUCUGGAUGCUGAAAAUGUGGAGGAAAUUGAAAAGAUUGGCUCCUAAAACUGCUUAAGAUUCAAUUUACCAGCUAUUAUUAUGUUAAUUCUUUUUUUUAAUACACAACACUGAAUUCUUCCUAUUUCUUCUAUUUUUUAUUUGAGAAAACCUUCGAUUCUUGUUACAAAUUUUUGCGAUAACUGAAAUACAGAACAUUUUCUCAAGACGGA